CGGCCCCGCCUUCCCCCUUCGCAUCCCGGGCGCGAUGAGAAGGGGAGAUGGACGCGAGCCGGCGGGACUGGCACCAUGACAUUGGCCGGCUUCGUGGUGGCGCUGGUGCUCGGGACGCUGCCCGGAGCCCGCGGGCCGGGCCAGGUCUCCGCCGGCCUCCCGGCCGCUCGCGCCCCGCCGCAGCCCCCCGCCGGCUGCCCCGCGGGGCACUUCGCCGCUCCCCAGCGCCCCUGGCCGGCCGCGGCGUCCGCCCUUCCCCGGCGCCGCUCGGCGGGCAGGGUGCCUCGGAGCCGCCGCAGCUCCUGCGCCCCGCCCGGCGACGGCGGCCGACCCCGGUGCGGCCCUGGAAGCGGCCGGGCGGAGAGGGACCGCGCCGACUGCGAGCGAGCAUCAGUGAGACUCCGAGGUGGCAAGAAUGAGUUUGAAGGUACAGUGGAGGUUUAUUUGAAUGGAGUCUGGGGAACAAUCUGUGGCAGCCACUGGGACAAUAAUGAUGCAACGGUCAUAUGUCGACAGCUUGCACUUGGUGAAAAAGGUACAUCAAAACACAUACCACUUUCCGAACUGGGCCUUAUUCCUGUUUACUGGAGUGAAGUGCGCUGUCGUGGUGAUGAAGAAAAUAUACUGUUAUGUGAAAAAGACAUCUGGCAGGAUGGAAUAUGUCCUCAAAACACGGCAGCUGCUGUUACAUGUAGCUCUUCCCUAGCCUCUGUCUUUACUCCGAUCCGGCUGGCUGGUGGGAACAAGGCUUAUGAAGGAAGAGUAGAAGUCUACCAUGCUGGCCAGUGGGGGACAAUCUGUGACGAUCAGUGGGAUGACGCAGAUGCUGAAGUUGUCUGCCGGCAGCUUGGCCUUGGGGGUGCUGCCAAGGCAUGGAGCCAGGCUUACUUUGGAGAAGGCUCAGGCCCUGUGCUGCUGGAUGAAGUGCGGUGUACAGGAAACGAGCUAUCUAUAGAACAGUGUCCAAAAAGCUCCUGGAGGGAACACAACUGCGACCACAAGGAAGAUGCUGGUGUUUCCUGCACACCUCUCACAGAUGGUGCGUUAAGGCUAACAAGUGGGAAAGGCAGUCAUGAGGGACGCCUGGAGGUCUAUUAUUCUGGGCAGUGGGGCACAAUCUGCGAUGAUGGGUGGACAGAGCUGAAUACCCAGGUGGCUUGCCGGCAGCUGGGAUUUAAGUACGGAAAAAGUGCACCUGAGAGCUCCUCAGAAGGAAACUCUGGUCCUAUCUGGUUGGAUGAUGUCAGCUGCUCUGGGAAGGAAACAAACCUUCUGCAGUGCUCAAGGAGAGAGUGGGGAAAGCAUGACUGCAGCCAUCAGGAGGAUGUCAGACUCAUUUGCCAUCCAGAUAACAACAGCCAUAAACUCUUGCUUGGUCCUCCCAUCAGGCUGAUGGAUGGUGAGAAUAAGAAGGAAGGACGAGUAGAGAUUUUUUUCAAUGGUCAGUGGGGCACGAUUUGUGAUGAUGGAUGGUCUGAUAAGGAUGCAGCUGUAGUCUGUCGACAGCUUGGCUACAAAGGUCAAGCGAGAGCAAGGACAAUGGCAUAUUUUGGGGAGGGCAAAGGCCCAAUCCAUGUGGAUAAUGUAAAAUGCACUGGAAGCGAGAGAUCCUUGGCAGACUGCAUUAAGCAGGACAUUGGAACACACAACUGCCGUCACAGCGAGGAUGCAGGCGUCAUCUGUGACCACCUGGGCAAGAAGGUCCCUGGGAACAGCAACAAAGAUUCUCUUGCUUCUGUUUGUGGAUUGAGGUUACUACAUCGUCGACAAAAGCGAAUAAUUGGUGGGAAAAAUUCUUUACGGGGCGGUUGGCCAUGGCAGGUUGCACUCCGACUGAAAUCGUCUCACGGGGAUGGAAGGCUCCUGUGUGGUGCUACUCUCAUUAGUAGUUGCUGGGUCCUCACUGCUGCACACUGCUUUAAAAGGUAUGGCAAUAACACUAGGAACUAUGCCGUGCGAGUUGGAGAUUAUCAUACACUGGUACCGGAAGAGUACGAGGAAGAAAUUGGAGUCCAAGAGAUUGUAAUGCACAAGGAGUACAGGCCUGACAGCAGUGACUAUGACAUUGCCCUAGUGAGGCUACAGGGGCCAGAGGAACAGUGUGCCAGAUUCAGUACCCAUGUCUUACCUGCCUGCCUGCCCUUAAGGAGGGAGAGACCACAGAAAACUGCUCCCAACUGUUACAUCACUGGAUGGGGUGACACAGGAAGGGCCUAUUCAAGAACAUUACAACAAGCUGCUAUCCCCUUACUUCCCAAGAGGGUAUGUGAAGAGCGUUAUAAAAGAAGAUUCACAGGAAGAAUGCUCUGUGCUGGAAACAUCCAGGAGCAGAAACGCAUCGAUAGCUGUCAAGGGGACAGUGGAGGACCACUGAUGUGUGAACGUCCAGGGGAGAGCUGGGUUGUGUACGGUGUGACCUCCUGGGGCUAUGGCUGUGGAAUGAAGGACUCUCCAGGUGUCUAUACAAAAGUUUCAUCUUUUGUACCCUGGAUAAAGAGUGUGACCAAACUAUAAACGUGCUUAAUCCAAACCAAACUUUAGUAACGACAUGAAUAAAGCAGGACAGCUUGAACAGCACAGAUUGCACAGCUGGGGCCUGCUGUGAGUGGAAACAGGCACAUUUUCCUGAUUUGUGUGUUUUGGGUUUUUUUUUUGGUAUUAAAUCCAGGCUGAAUACACACAACCUUUCCAGUUAUGGAAUACUAUGCAAACAAAAUCCUCCUGUGUCAAGGAAGUUUAUCUUGCACAAAUCGAAGAUAUGCAGAAAAGUGACCUCCAGCUUAGAGUAACAUUAGAGCAGGAGAGCUAAUGAGUUCACUAGCAGAUCUACUAUUCACAGGAAGCUUCAACCUUUUAUAUACUUAAUAACAGACCUCAACAUUCAGUUUUAAUUUAUUUUAUUAGUUCUUGACUGUUUUCCUAUUACUCCUAUGACCUUAUACUUAGUACUCUAAUUUUGGCUGUUGUUUUACCAGCUGAUGAGAUCAGCUGCUAAGUAACUCUGUCUAUACAUUAAGUGUUAGAAGGAAAACAACUGUCAAUAAUCCAACCUCCACCUAGUUUGAAAGACAUUCUUACAGCUCAGCUCCUAAAGCACAAGUAGACAGCAUGCUGGAAGGUAAUUAAUUUCCACGCAAACAUUCUACACAGCUGUAUGAGUUAGAUAAAUGCUGGAAAUACUGAAUCAAUGCCUGUCUGAAAAGAUGUACAAAGUCUUAAAGGAUUAUUUUCUAAGUACUCAGACAAUCCUACCAUGCUUAGGGGAAAUGCUGUUUCACAUCAUUCUCAUUGGAAAAGUGAAAAUUAUUUUUAACCAAUAACUACAAAAGUUUUUUUAUCCAGCAACUGCUCAUUUUGCUGUCAUAAUUCAUGACACUACAUGAAGUUGUAAGACAGUCAUAUGGACCCUAAUGCCCUUUAAGUUCUAAACAUCAUUUAGCAAUAUCCCUUUCUUAACUCCUUUUAAAAACAUUCUUCCCCAUGUUAUGAAAUCCACAAUAGUUUGUUAUAAAAAAAUGCAGCAAGAAAAAAAUACUCCAUAUCAAGACAAAUAGAAAGCAGCCUUUACCUUUCCAAAAACGGCCACUUCACUCACCUUAGAAUCUCAGAACCAUUUAAUUUGGUAAAGAACAGAGAUAAAGUCCAACCAUUAAUGUGACCCAGGAAUCCCAUUGUUUAAAUCACGGCCCUUGAUGCCAUUCCUCCUGGGAUGGGGACACCCCUCGCUUCCCUGGGCAGCCCAUCCCAGUGCUUGUCUUCUGGUGAAGAAAUCCUUUCUAAUCAUCAUACAGAACCCAAGAAGGAACUUCCAUUUAAGUGCAACCCCAAUUGAUAGCAAGCUUCAAAACAGAAGAGACUAGCUACAAUCAACAGUGAAGCAUGAAAGCUCAGUGCUUUUUCAGUGAGUUAUCCUUAUGGUCAACUGGACUGCCUGCACGUUUACCCUACACUGUACUUUUAAUAAUGAUGCUUCUUAAAAAGAUGAAAGCUCUGCAGGCUGUGAAACACCACAGUGAGUUAAGUGUGGCAGCUGUGUGUCACUGCAUAGUGAUUGUACCAACUGUGACUACUGCUUACUGCUUCCCUGUGUUUCCUUUCCUAAGACACUCAAGCUAUAACUGUAUUGUGUGGCCUUCUGUGAAAGUGGGAUGCUCGAAUUGAUUUUGUAAGUGGGUAUUCAUUCAUUCCCCUUAUGCUUCUGUGUGUCUCUGAUGUUUUAGCCAAUAUCCAAGACAGCUCAUUUGUGAGAAGUUGCAAUAAUGCUGCAAGUGAUUGUAAAAUUGCCCCUCAGUUUCUCUUCUCAAACUUAACUGGCCCCUUUAAGGGCCACUAAAUAUCUUGUUGGAACUGGUGCUAAACUAGUACACAUGAGGUGCUUGUAUAUAUUUUAGUUUUCUGUAAAGCUGCACUAGAAAUGUGAAACACAUUAUUUAAAAACAUAGUACUACUCACCUACUGUUAGACCUGUGUGGAACUCUCCUAGCAAACUGUAAAGCCGUUUACAUUUUUACUAUAUGUUAUCCUAUUACAGAGGAAGUCAGCCUAUCACAAGGUAUCUACUUGCACAGGACUUUGCUCAAUAAGACCCACGAUUACAAGACUUGUGAAGUAGACAGCAUAAUGCAGUAUGUGUGAUAUACUGUGUAAAUCACUGUCUUUUAAGAGUUGCACCACAAAGUGCAAUACUUAAGGAAAAAUAUCACGUCUGUACACUAAAGGUAUUAACAUUUCAAUUUAGUGAGGUAGAUCAUUAGUUUUGCUCUCUUCGGGUGCUUUAAUAAUUAGAAGUUGAAAUGAUGCACUACAGUUCCCAUGCAGACAGGAUGCUUCUGCUAGUUUCUAAAACAAAAUGAACGUUGUCUGUAUGUUCUACCAUUGUAAUUCUUGUUCAGUGAGCCUGAUGAUGUCAAUGUGAACAAUAAAACUGCCACACCGAUUGGAACUUUUAUA